CUCAUUUAACCAUGAGAUCUGACGGAAUUGCAGGGCAACGGCGGAUUUCUAUUGUUCUCCGGAUUCUAGAAUCAGUGCUUCUCUCUCUAUCUAUUUAUAUCUCCAAAUCCUAGUUCCAUAGAAGUGGCUCUUGGUUCCUGUCAUUUCUUCCUUAUUCCUAUUUCAGAAUCAUAGAGUCAAUGCCUUAACAGAAUAAGAACACGAAGGGGUGAAAUUUUUUUGUUGAAUCUGUCAAUUUUUUCAUGCUCAGAUGAUUAAGAAAAUCAGAAUAAUAUUCCCGAAAAUAAUUAUUUCUAUAGUCCUUUUCUCUUUUCCUCUCCGGUUAUCAAUACUCAAGAGACGAAGAUAAGUCGCAUAUACGACGAAGGACGAGCAAAGUGGUACAUUUUGCCGAUAUUUCUCUUGGAAACAUGAAAAGUAUUGGUUAUACAGGCAUUACAAAACCCAGUUUAUUGCUGGCGUAUCAACAGUUAUUGACUCUAUCCUUUCGAAUUCCCAAGUUGAAUCCUCCUUUGAGUCCUCGAGUCCCAAGAUUGAUUGAGAAAAAACAUGUUUCAAUAGCCAGAGUACAGUAUUCCAUUGCUUGUAGGACAUUUUCUACUAAUUCAGUUGAGUCAUCUCUGAAAAAUCCAUCAACCACCCAUCUGGCUCGGCGACAAGGAGCCUCCUCCUCUCUGUACAGCAGGCCUAGUUUACUAGAAAUGAAGAAUGAGAGGAUAGCUAAUCGAGUCCGGGUUUACGAAUUCUUGAAGGGGCUUGGUAUUGUUCCAGAUGAGCUUGAUGGGGUGGAGCUCCCUGUCAUGGUUGAGGUCAUGAGGGAGCGUGUUGACUUCCUUCACAACUUGGGACUCACCAGCGAAGAUAUAAACAAUUACCCUCUUGUUCUUGGCUGCAGUGUGAAGAAGAAUAUGAUUCCCGUGCUUGAUUAUCUUGGGAAGUUAGGAGUACGAAAAUCCACCUUUAACAACUUCUUGCAGAGAUACCCUCAAGUCCUCCAUGCUAGUGUUGUGGUUGACCUUGUACCUGUUGUCAAAUAUCUUCAAGGGAUGGAUAUUAAGCCAAAUGAUGUACCUCGUGUUCUUGAGAGGUAUCCAGAAGUAUUAGGGUUCAAGCUUGAAGGUACCAUGAGCACAUCUGUAGCAUAUUUGGUUGGAAUUGGGGUGGCGAGAAGAGAGAUUGGUGGGGUUCUAACCAGAUAUCCAGAGAUAUUGGGAAUGAGAGUUGGCAGAGUGAUCAAGCCUUUUGUGGAGUACCUUGAAAGCCUAGGAAUUCCAAGGCUUGCUGUGGCAAGAUUGAUUGAGAAAAAACCUCACAUUCUUGGAUUUGUGUUAGAAGACCAAGUGAAACCGAAUGUAGACACCCUUCUAGAAUUCGGUGUGAGAGGAGCAUCACUUCCUUCCAUGAUAGCGCAAUAUCCUGAGCUUAUUGGAAUUGAACUGAAAACAAAGCUUUGCUCUCAACAGAGUUUCCUCAACUCUAGUAUUGGCGUGGGUCUUGAGGAUUUCUGCAGAAUUAUUGAAAAGAUGCCUCAGGUUGUUAGCCUUAUUCAGUCUUUUAUAGUGAACCAUUUAGAUUUCCUGAAGUACUGUGGUUUUUCCUUGCUGCAAGUGCGGAACAUGGUGGUGAGGUGUCCCCAAGUGCUUGCCUUAAAUAUCGAUAUUAUGAAGCUUAACUUUGAUUACUACCAGAAAGAGAUGUGUGGAAAUUUGGAUGAUAUGGUUAACUUCCCAGCUUUUUUUACUUACAGUCUGGAGUCUACAAUAAGGCCUAGACAUCAGAUGGUUGCCAACAAAGUCUUGAAAUGUUCUCUUGGAUGGCUUCUUAAUUGUUCUGAUGAGAAGUUUGAGGAACAGAUGAACUAUGACUCUUUUGAUAUUGAGGAGAUAGAAAUGGAGACACAGUUUGAUAUGAAUACGCUUUUGGAGCCAAGGGAAGAGGAGUCAUCUUCUGAAUAUGAAGAGGACAGUGAUGAUGAGUAUAUAUAAACUGCUGUUGAUUUGAUGCUUGUGGCAACUGCCUGCUGUGGAUAAUCUCAGCCUUUUCUAGGUUUGAAUCUUCUUUAAGCGAAGAUGCGGAAGGAAUAGUAUGUUUGAGCUUCUCUUGUCAUUGCAAAAAAUGGAUGAUAGGCAAGAAC